AUGGGGCCCCCUUCCAGCUCUGGCUUCUACAUGAGCCGCGCCGUAGCCCUGCUGCUGGCGGGGCUGGCCGCCGCGCUCCUGCUGGCGCUGGCCGUGCUGGCAGCUCUGUACGGCCACUGCGCGCGUGUCCCGCCGUCGGAGAUUCAGCACCGCGCGGUCCCGGACGCCGCGCCCGUCCCGCCCCGCAAGCAGAAGGAGCCGCCGCCAACGCCGAAGUCCGGCCCCGCUCGUGAGCCGGAGGUGGCGGCCACUCCGAGCGACUGGCGACCCCCAGGGCCCUGGGACCAACUGCGCCUGCCUCCCUGGCUCGUGCCGCUGCACUAUGAGCUAGAGCUGUGGCCCCGGCUGCGGCCAGACGAGCACUCGGGGCCAGCAUUGCGCUUCACUGGCCGCGUGAACAUCACGGUGCGCUGCACAGUGUCCACCGCGCGGCUGCUGCUGCACAGCCUCUUCCUGGACUGUGCCAGCGCCGAGGUGCGGGGCCCUCUGUCCCCGGGCACCGGAGACGCCACCGUCGGCCGCGUGCCCGUGAACGACGUGUGGUUCGCGUUGGACAUGGAGUACAUGGUGCUGGAGCUCGCCGAGGCCCUGCAGCCCGGGAGCAGCUACGAGCUGCAGCUCAGCUUCUCGGGCCCAGUGUACCAGGACACCUGGGAGGGACUCUUCCUCAACCUCUACACGGACCAGGGUGAGCGCAGGGCGCUGUUAGCAUCUCAUAUGGAACCAACAUUUGCCAGGUAUGUUUUCCCUUGUUUUGAUGAGCCAGCUCUGAAGACAACUUUUAAUAUUACAAUUAUUCAUCACCCAAGUUAUGUGGCCCUUUCCAACAUGCCAAAGCUAGGUCAGUCUGAAAAAGAAGACGUGAAUGGAAGCAAAUGGACUGUUACCACCUUUUAUACCACUCCCCUCAUGCCAACUUAUUUAGUAGCAUUUGCUAUAUGUGACUGUGACCAUGUCAACAGAACCGAAAGGGGCCAGGAGAUACGCAUCUGGGCCCGGAAAGAUGCUAUCGUGAAUGGAUAUGCAGACUUUGCUUUGAACAUCACAGGUCCCAUCUUCUCUUUUAUGGAAGAUUUAUAUAAUAUUAGUUACCCUCUUCCAAAAACAGAUAUAAUUGCCUUGCCUACUUUUGACAAACGUGCAAUGGAAAAUUGGGGACUACUGGUGUUCGAUGAGUCAUUAUUGUUGCUACAACCAGAGGAUCAGCUAACAGAAAAGAAGACUGUGAUCUUCUCCAUUGUCUCCCAUGAGAUCGGACAUCAGUGGUUUGGAAACCUGGUUACCAUGGAUUGGUGGAACAAUCUCUGGCUCAAUGAGGGUUUUGCAUCUUAUUUUGAGUUUGAAGUAAUUAACCACUUCUAUCCUAAAUUCCCAAGAAAUGAGGUCUUUUUUACUAACAUUUUGUAUGGUGUCCUCAAAGAAGAUCAUGCCCUGGUAUUUAGAGCUGUAUCCAUGAAGGCGGAAAAUUUCACAGAAACAGAUGAAAUAAAUGAGGUGUUUGACUUAUUUACUUACAGCAAGGGAGCGUCUAUGGUCCGGAUGCUUUCCAGUUUCCUGAAUGAGAAUUUAUUUAUCAGCGCACUUAAGUCCUAUUUGGAGACAUUUUCUUACUCAAAUGCUGAGCAAGAUGAUCUAUGGAGGCAUUUUCAGAUGGCCAUAGAUGACCAGAGUAAAAUUCUUUUGCCAGCAACAGUAAAAAGCAUAAUGGACAGUUGGACACACCAGAGUGGUUUUCCAGUUAUCACCUUAAAUGUAUCUACUGGCGUCAUGAAACAGGAGCCAUUUUACCUUGGAAAGGUUAAAAACCAGACUCUUCUAAGCCACAAUGACACAUGGAUUAUACCUAUUCUUUGGAUAAAAAAUGGAACUACACAGUCUUUAGUCUGGCUAGAUAAUAGCAGCAAAGUAUUUCCUGAAAUGCAAGUUUCAGAUUCUGAUCAUGACUGGGUGAUUUUAAAUUUGAAUAUGUCUGGAUAUUAUAGAGUUAACUAUGAUAAAUUAGGUUGGAAGAAAUUAAAUCAACAGCUUGAAAAAGAUCCUAAGGCUAUUCCCGUUAUUCACAGACUGCAGUUGAUUGUUGAUGCCUUUUCCUUGGCGAAAAACAAUUAUAUCGAGAUUGAAACAGCACUUGAUUUAACCAAGUACCUUGCAGACGAAGAUGAAAUCAUAGUGUGGCAUGCAGUUUUGUUGAACCUGGUAACCAAGGAUCUUAUUUCCAAUGUGAACAACUAUGAUUUAUUCCCAUUAUUAAAGAAGUAUCUAUUAAAGAGACUUAUGUCAAUAUGGAAUAUUUAUUCAACUAUAAUUCAUGAAAAUGUGACAACAUUGCAAGAUGACUAUUUAGCUCUAACAUCACUGGAAGAACUUUUUAGAACAGCAUGUUGGUUGGGUCUUGAAGACUGUCUUCAACUGUCAAGAGAACUCUUCAGAAACUGGAUGAACCAUCCAGAGAAUGAAAUACCUUAUCCGAUUAGAAGUGUGAUUUUAUGUUAUGGCAUUGCCUUGGGAAAUGAAAAAGAAUGGGACUUUUUGUUAAAUAUCUACAAUAAUAAAACAAAAGAAGAAGAAAGGAUGCAACUUGCCUUUGCAAUGAGCUGCAGUAAAGAUCCAUGGAUACUUAACAGAUAUUUGGAGUAUGCCAUCACUACAUCUCCAUCCACCUUUAACGAAACAAAUAUAAUCGAAGUUGUGGCAGAAUCUGAAGUUGGUCGGUACAUCGCAAAAGACUUUUUGGUCAACAAUUGGCAAGCUGUGAGCGAAAGGUAUGGAGCGCCGUCAUUGGUUACUCUAAUAGAUAUCAUAGGGAGAACCAUAAGUACAGAUUCACAGAUCAUGGAGAUGCAGCAGUUUUGCAGUAACAUGUUGGAGGAGCACCAGAGGCUCACGGUUCAUGCCAAAUUACAGACAAUAAAGAACGAAAAUCUGGAGAAUAAGAAGCGAAAUGCCAGGAUAGCUGCAUGGCUACGGGAAAACACAUAAUCUGGUGGCUCCUUUCGGCUCACCGCUUGCAUAUUAUAAUGUAGCUUGCUCACAGUUUUGUCUUCCAACGCUUUGUGAGUCUGGCAAACCACAUGUUUUGUUGUUUGUAGUUCAGCACACUUAUGGCUCAGAGUCGUGUUCUUCCCAUAUUGUCACGUUUGGCCCCGAGGCUCAGUGAUUGCCAAGGAUUUUGCCAACACUGCUGUAUUUCUGGGGAAAAUUUUACUUCAUGUUGGGCUAUCAAACCACAGAAUUUAUUUUAAAUGCCUUGUAAAAACAAAUUUACCUUAGAAAGUCUUGCUCAUUCUGUUAUGAAGGCCAGUGGAAUAUGAGAUAAUUGGCUAAAUGAGCACAUUCCUUUCUGAGGGAAAUACAGAUUUGCAAUACUCUAGGGCUUAUUUAGUUGAAUAUUUAAAAGAGCAAUGAGCAAAUA